AUGGAAGCUUUUCAAAGCAUUUUAAAGUUCUUUCUGAAUCAAAAAACUGCUAUUGGCUACAGCUUCAUGGCUUUGCUGACCUUGGGAGGUGAACGCCUCUUCUCACUGGUGGCUUUCAAAUGCCCCUGUAGCACUGAAAAUAUGGCCUAUGGGUUGGUUUUCCUUUUUGCUCCUGCCUGGGUGUUACUGAUCCUUGGAUUCUUUCUCAACAACAAGGCAUGGAAACUCUUCACAGGUUGUUGUGUCAAUCCCAGGAAAAUCUUCCCCAGGGGCCACAACUGCCGCUUCUUCUAUGUCCUAGGACAGAUCACUCUGAGUUCUUUGGUGGCUCCAGUGAUGUGGCUUUCUGUGGCUUUGCUUAAUGGGACGUUUUAUGAAUGUGCCAUGAGCGGGACGAAAAAUUCCAGACUUCUGGAACUGAUUUGUCACGGCAAACCCAAAGAAUGCUGGGAAGAGCUAUACAAAGUAUCCUGUGGCAAAACUAGCAUGCUACCCAUGGACAAUGAAGAAGUGAAACUGUCUCUUCAAGCCCAGUCUCAGAUUCUAGGAUGGAUCCUGAUUUGUUCAGCAUCCUUCUUCUCCCUGCUCACCACUUGUUAUGCACGCUGUCGGUCUAAUGUGAGCUAUUUACAGUUAAGCUUUUGGAAGACAUAUGCACAAAAGGAGAAAGAGCAAUUGGAAAAUACAUUUUUGGACUAUGCCAACAAACUGAGUGACAGGAAUCUGAAAUGCUUUUUUGAAAACAAGAGACCAGAUGUCUUUCCCAUGCCCACUUUUGCUGCCUGGGAAGCUGCUUCAGAGUUGCAUUCUUUCCACCCAAGUCGGCAACACUACAGCACCCUCCACAGGGUGGUGGAAGAUGGCUUGGCUCCUUGCUCCCAGGACGAUGAGACAGCAAUGGUCCUUGUUGGUUCGGCCCACAAUCUAUAGCUCAUCAUCACUGACUCGAAGUGUCCAGAAGUAUACUAUUCUGACAGCUUCCUUUUGCAUCUAUAACAACCUUGUAUUGCCAGAUUUGGAAAACUGAUUUGAAGCUACCAAGUACAAUGCCAGGAUGGGCUCAAAUUGAUGUAAAGUGGUAACAGACUCUUACGUUGGUAGAGGAUUGGGUUCUGUGGGCCCACACAUUGUUCCAAGUUCUAAGAUUUUAAAAUUCAGCAUAUAGACUUUUGCAAGGGGUCUCUGUAAAUAUUGGUCAUGGUAUCUGGGGUAGAAGUUGUGGACUGUGAGGGAACAAGAUAGCCAACAAGGACUGUAGCUGUAUUCAACAUAGUAGGAAUACUUGUAUAAUUCUGUUCUACUGCCUUUCAAGAUGCAUGAAUUGGUUCCUUCCAUUUGAAAAUCAUUACCUCAGAACCUGAAGAUCUCAGUUCUGAAAGACAAACAAUUGCAAGAGUAUGAUAUCUAUAGUUUUCCACAUGCAUGCAGUGCUGCAUCAUGACUUUUGUGGACCCAGUCACAUUUGACUGCACAGACCAAAAUGAUAAUUAUAUUUGUAUAUAGCUAUAUACAUACC